GGAGGGGGUGUGAUCACAGGAACCUCCCUUGAGCCCUCAACUCCGCACUCUGCGUUCUGCUUGGAGGCGCGCAGGACUCGCGCGAGUGGCUCAUUUUACGCACUCCAAAAUGGAGAAAGUACACGGGAAGAUACUUGACUCAGUUGGUGACAUCAUCGACUUCAACGACAUGAAGCUCCCCGAUGACGAUGGUUACGCGGCCGCCGCCGUUCCGCCGAGCCAGGGCGACGGUUUGGUGUUCAGAGACUGCGCUAACCUGUUGGACGCUCCUCCGCCAGAUGAGCAGCAGCAACCGCCGCCGCAGCAGGAGGGGACUCCGUACGAGCGUGGAAAUGACUUUUUAAAGUGGCAGCACUAUGUCAAAGAUGACGUUGAGCAGGUUGGUUCGAACGUGUCCAAGUUCAUCAAGGACGAGCAAGAAGCGUCCGUCAUUAUGGAGACGCCGUGCCCGGCCUUCGACGCGCUGGACGGAUGCGCCCAAGACGGCCGCAAGCAGCCCCACUUUAGCUUCGAAGAGCCGGAGUGCGCGCGUUUCGCCCCGGUGGGUCCCCGGCCGGCGCAGGAAGCUUCGCCCAACUUCCUGGUGCACAUGAACCCGGCGGAGCAGAUGGGCCAGCAUGGCCAGGCGAAGGCUGACCCCCGCGGAGGCUUCGCCCGGAAAGGCGCAGCGCUCCACUUGGAUGCCGGCACGCCCUCGCCGGCUCACCUGGCCGUGUACAAGAGCGAGGUGGGCCGCUGGCAGGUACCCGCCGUGGGGCCCGGGGAGACGCAGUUCUGGUGCCAACCGGCCGGGGUGACGCAGGACCCGUUCGGCUACAAUGGGAUGCACAGCCAGGCCGUGGCCCAGCGGAACCAUACGCCUUUCAACGCCUUUGCCAGCAUGCCCCCUCAGAGGUCUUGCGUGAUCUGUGCCGACGAGGCCUCCGGGUGCCACUACGGAGUUCUAACCUGCGGCAGUUGCAAGGUCUUUUUCAAAAGAGCAGUGGAAGGUCAUCACAGCUACCUGUGUGCCGGGCGCAAUGACUGCAUUGUGGACAAGAUCCGGAGAAAAAACUGCCCGGCAUGUCGCCUGAGGAAGUGCUAUCAAGCGGGAAUGAUGCUUGGAGGCAGGAAGUUGAAGCGUUUCGGAGGCCUCAAGGCGCUGGGCUUGUCUCACUCGGUCAUGUUCCCGCCGCACUUGUCCAUGUCGGGUGACAGCCAGGCCCUGAGCGCCAUGGCGGGCGUGCCGGGCAUUCAAGAGAUUCAGUUCUCUCAGCACAUCAUCGCCAUCUUGGAGAACAUCGAACCCGAGGUGGUGUUUUCGGGCUACGAAGGCGCGCAGACCGACGUCUCGCACGCGCUGCUCAACAGCCUCAACAAUCUGUGCGAGAAGCAACUGCUGUGGAUCGUCAAGUGGUCCAAGUCUUUGCCAGGCUUUCGUAAUCUUCACAUCACCGACCAGAUGACGCUCAUCCAGUACUCGUGGAUGAACCUGAUGGUGUUUUCUCUCGGCUGGCGCUCCUUUCAAAACGUCACCAGGGAAUAUAUAUACUUUGCGCCUGACCUCGUGUUAAGUCUGGAACAAAUGAGGAGAUCUCCCAUUUACGACCUGUGCCUGGCCAUCCAGUUCAUCCCGCAGGAGUUUGCCAACCUUCAAGUGACCCGCGAGGAGUUCCUCUGCAUGAAGGCCAUCCUCUUGCUCAACACUGUGCCUCUGGAGGGUCUGAAAAGCCAGGGGGCCUUCGAGGAGAUGCGUCAGAAUUACAUCCGCGAGCUGACCAAGGCCAUCCAUGGGAAGGAGAAGGGCAUGAUGGCCAGUUCUCAGCGUUUCUACCACCUCACCAAGCUCAUGGACGCCAUGCACGAAAUAGUGAAGAAGGUCAACCUGUUCUGCCUGAGCACGUUCAUCCAGGCCGACGCCAUGAAGGUGGAGUUUCCCGAGAUGAUGACCGAGGUGAUCGCCUCGCAGAUGCCCAAGGUCCUGGCGGGCAUGGUGAGGCCGCUGCUCUUCCACCCCAAGUGACCACGUGUUUACUGGACUCCAUUUUCGCUUCUUCUUCAAGUGCAUUUUUUGUCAAAGCUGCCUUGAGCGCCCCCUUCUGCCUUUUACGCUUUACUGUGCGGGAUCAAUCACAACAACCAAUCAAUAAAACAACACUCAAAAAGA